AUGGAAAACGGUACAACAAAAAGUGAUUUGGAAGAUCCAGAGCAAGUCGACAUUCCUCCCACAAGGUUUGAGGUUGAAUUAGAAUUUGUGCAGUCCCUUGCAAACAUCCCAUACGUAACUUUUCUACUGAGUCAACAGCAGCUGUGGAAGGACCCCAAGUUCAGGGCUUAUUUGAAAUAUCUCGAAUACUGGUGCGAGGCGCCCUACGCCCAAUGCAUUGUAUACCCUAAUGCCCUUUUCUUGCUCAAGCUUCUGAAUGGCCUUAUGGAAAAUGCAACUAUAAACGAGGACGGUGUCUUAGAGGGUCUGGAAGAGCUACCAAAACUCUUCCAGAGCCAGGGAGGCCAGUGGAUGAACGAGAUGGUAGAGAGAUGGAAGAAUUAA